CAGAAACUUAUCCACCAUGGUGGUUGGCUUGUCUAUAUGGGUACUGUAUCUUGCUCUCUAUAUUUUCCCUCACAUGGGGAACUACUUGCCUGUUGUAUUGCUCCUGUUGAGACCAGGGAAUGGUAUGAGAAUUGCUUUAUUGGUUUAUUAUGCUUAUGGCAUGAUAACCUGUGAGGCAAUGAAUACCAUUCGGAAUAUAUACUCAAUUUUGUUUGCUUGUCCUAGUCUGGGCUGCUACAUCUGGGACCUUCUCAACAAUCGCACCCUGCCCUUGGUGGGAAGAGUGGAGAGUGGUUUCUUCCAGCCUUUCAGGUCAGGCACAGCAGUUUUUAAAAAUAUUGAGUUCUCUCUGGAUGCCAAGGACAGCCUAGUCUUGCUGUUUUGUUUUCUCUGCAUGGCCUGCACCAUGUACACCAUGCUUAGAAACAAAGCACUGUUUGGUGUGGUACAGCGUCUUCUUGAGGAGGAAGAGAAAAGAACCAAGAGCAGAGCAACAGCAUCCAUGACCACACAGACUGCCACAGAGGAGAAAGGAACCAAGAGCAAAGCCACAGCGUCCGUGUCUACGCAGACUGCCACAGAGGAGAAAGAAACCAAGAACAAAGCAACAGCAUCCGUGUCCACUCAGACUGCCACAGAGGAGAAAGGAACCAAGAGCAAAACAACAGCGUCCAUGUCUACGCAGACUACCACAGAGGAGAAAGGAACCAAAAGGGCCAUGAGCACCUCCACACAAACAGUCACCGAACCAGAGCAGCCUAAACCGGUGAGCUGCGUGACCUGCGGAGGGAAUUCACCCGCCAGACGAACGAGUCCAUCCUAACCUGGCUGCUCCGCAUCUGGGACACUGCAGCAAACGACACCAUCCUGGAUGGAAGUGAGGCCAGGCAACUGGGAUCGCUGUCCCGGGAUGUGGUCAUUGACCAGGGGAUUGGGAGAACCCAAGA